AUGGAAAACAAAAUAUCGUUUUUUCGCGAGUAUGAUAACGUCAAAGAGAAAGUAGAAUUGGUAAGACGGUACCUCGACCAGGAUGACGAUAAGGAAGUUAUAAAAAAUUUCACUCUCAUUUUGGAAAAUUUAAAUUAUUUAAACAAUUGCCUGAAUAGCUAUAGGGAAGCGAAAACGGUGUUGGACCCACACCUGACUCUACUGGUGGAGCCCUUUCUACAUUUUUUAAAAAAAACCUUCACCCUGUUGACAAGGAUUCUAUACCAUUUUAGCAAAAAAUUCGGGGAAGAAAAUGGAGUUCAUCACCAGAUAAGGAGCGUAGCUCCUGGAGAAGCAGGAAAUUCAAUUGAUGUGGAAGGUAGCCAAGGGGGGUUGAAGCAAGGGUGUCAGAAUACCAACGAUGAGGAAAAGACGCACACUGAGUCAAACGGAGAAGUAGAAAAGGGGUAUGGAAGUCAGGCCAAAAGAGAACAAAAGGAAGAGAGUAGCAAAAUUUUAGAUGACACAAACGAAGAGGAAGAAACACACCUGAAGAUGUACACGGUGAUAGAGGAGGUGUACAAAUACUACAACACACUCAUAUCCGUGAGAGGGGAAAAAAAAAUUAAAACUUUAUUUCCAUGUGACUCAUUCUGCUUAAGCAACAUAGUUGACUUGUUGCUUAAACUGAAGAAAGAGGAAUUUGUUUUUAACCAAUUCACGAAUAUUAAGUCUAAUACAAUGGAUGAUGGCAAUAAUGCGUGGGUAAUUUUGUACAUCCUACUGAUUUGGCUGUCCUUCUGUAUGUACAUUCCCUUUAAGCUACAGUCUGUGAGUAGAAAUAUACUAGUCCACAUUGAAGAAAUAUUUUACUACUACGUGGGGAGGAACGACAAAGCGAAGGAAGCAUGUUCUAUAUUGUAUGCACAGUUUUUAAGGAGAGACGAUGUACAUGAAGAAAAAAAUUACUUCACCAAUUUUAUUCUUUUUUCCAAAGAACUUAUGAUAAAAUUGGUGCAAAUAAACUCUCUGUCUGAAAAAAAAAAACAACUUGAGGAUGACUUCCUUAUAGUGACCAAUGCAAAUAUUAUUUCCACCAAUUGUUGCGCUAAAUUUAGCAAUAUAGUUUUGUGUGGAAUUUUACUAACUCAUAAAAGGUUGCUGAAAAGGGGUGAAAAGAGGCUGUUAAAAAAUUACGCCAAUUUUUAUAAUUUUUUUUUUAUUCAAAAUCAUAUCCAUUUGGACUUUACUCAAAUGUCCAAGUCGUUGAAGAUUCUUUGCCUCGGUUAUUACGCCUUGCUAUUUUUGGAGAAAAACGCAGAAAAAUCCUUGCCAAGGGGGGAGACUGCCAAAAAUGAGGAGGCAAAUAAUAAUGGAGCAUCCUGCAACGAGGUGAGGGGAACGGUUCCCCCAGGGAAGACGCCACCGAGUGAUGUGGGCCCUAGCGAGCCUGUUCACUCCGACCUGUUCGAAAAAUUCCCUCUGUUUUUAAACAUCAAUGAGGUGUUCACCAUGUAUCAAAAGGAGACCAAUGCGAGGUGGAGCCCACAACCCAAAAGAGAAGAACAAGUACUUCCGACAAAUGCACAGAAAAAAUAUACAUGCGAAAAGGAUAUCCUACAAAUAUUGAACCUCCUAAUGUAUUAUUUUAACGACAGUAGUACAUACAUUCGGUGGUGCCUCUCCAAAAGUUUUGGAAAUAUAUUAUCCCAUCUAAGUAUGGAAAAUGUUCAUAUAAUUAUAAAAAAAUUUAACGAGUUAGCCAAAUACAAAGAUUACAACAUUUGGUGUACCAUUAAUUACACCUUAUUUCAUUACCUGUUUGGAAAGACAAGUCUCUGCACCGAAAUUAUUAACUUCCUUCUUCGAAAAAUUGUAGAAAGCUUGUACACCAAUAAUGAAAAAAUUUUUGCCAGCACAUUUGUUCUGUUGUAUAGUCUCUUCAAGUACAAUAAGUUUAUUCAAAUGCGUUAUGAUCAGAAUGACAAGGGGAUCCAUUUUUUUUUCUUCCAUUUGAUAUUCACCAAGUUGACUCUUCUGUCUUUAUUUGAAGAUAACAUAAACUUGAGGAAAUCUGCCAUGUCGCUACUUCAAAUUUUUAUUGGAAAGUUUAACUUUUUUUACCAAUUCGAUGGGAACUCAUUGGGUGAUGACUCUGGUGAGGAUGCUCUUCACAACAGGGAGAUAUUCUUCAACGAUAUGGUACACUUUGUGAGUUUGUUUUUUAGCUGCGAUGCGGUAAGUGCGUACUAUGAGGGGCUGCAGAAGGGGGAAAUGGGAGGCGUAGUGAAGGAAGAAAACAGGGUUACAGGGGAAGGCGAUUUGCCAGACGCCCCAACCCAUGUGCCUACCAGAAAACUCCUGGAGGAAUCUCGAAAGGAAAUUUUCAACGCAAACAUUGACAUUCUGUCAACCUGCAAUUUCAGCGAACUCAUCAAUUUGAAAAAAUCCAUCAUCAUAAAAACAAAGGAUGUAUGUAGAUUCGUUUUGUACAAAUAUCCAGUUAUUUUCCACUUAUAUUCUUUCAAGCUAUUUCACGAAAAUGUGAACAUAAGAUUACUGGUAGCCGAAUCGCUAGCUAAUCUGUCCACCGAAAAUGGAGAUUACUUCAUAAAAGUGGUUCUUCCCUUUUUGGUGAAAAAAAGCUACGAAGAAAAUGUAUGGAUAAAACAUGGCUCCAUCACAUGCAUUUCAAAAAUAUUGUUAAAGUUGGAAGAGCGUGUUGAUGAAAAUUUACAAAAUGAAAUAAAAAAAAUUAUCCUUUUUAAUGAAAAAAAAAGAAUAUAUAAAGUUAAGAAGGGAGAAAUUUUAAGACAUUCAAUAUGUCUACUGAUACAAAGUAUAUGCCAAUGUGAUUACUUCCUGGUGAAGGAGAAGACACACUCAUUUUUUCUCGAUGUUUUACAAAAUAAUUUGUUCCAUUACAAUGAAAUUAUACAAUAUGAAGCAUCUAAAAUAUUCUUUUACAUGCCCAUAUAUCUGUUAAAAAGGAACGAAGCCAUCCACUACCUAUACAAUAAUGUUCUUUUGAAAAUUGUAAAGGAGAAAGAUAAUUUCCUCCAUUUGAAGGGAUAUUUCAUUCUCCUUUUAUUCGUUAGCGAAGAGAUUAUUCCCGAUGUAUCUUCUGACUUGAUUAAAUUGUUUUACUAUAUCUUAAAGAAGUGUUCCUCUCAUUAUAGGGUAAAAAAUGCUCUCCUUAAGAAGGAUGAUCAGAUGAGCUUUUCACCUCCCAUUGUGGACGAACCGGGUGUAAAGAAUAACAACCCUAUCCAGAAUGAUGCAUUCUUUUUUAAAAAAAUCAACUUUGAAUUAUACCCCAUCGAUUUUAACAUGAAGAUAUUUUGCCUCCUCGCUUUGUUUAACGUCGUGGAUAAAUUGAGGAAAAGAUACAUCUCCCAGUUUUUGCUCGUAUACCAGGAUUGCACUACCAGCUUUAAGGGUCUCGUCAGAUCCAAAAAGGGGGGAAAUGCAGAAAAGAGUAUCCUCCUUAAUGGUUCUGAAGGAAGCAGGGGGCUCAGUAUAAACAUUCCCAGUGAAGAGUCGGAUAGAGAAUCUUGGGCGCAUGAAAAUGUUCAUAAUGGCGCCUGUACAAAUGAGUACUCUGGCGAGGAACCCGACGGUGGAACCACAAGUGCGGAGAAGAAGUGGUCCUCCUUCGGGGACAACUCAACCAUCGGAAAUAAUCGCCAAGUGGAUUCCACAAAAUUGAAACCUUGCUACGAAUCAAAGGUGGAAAUAAAUAAAAUAGGAGAGCAGAAGAAAAGGGGAAAAGGAAGGAACACCUCUUUUUACAUGAAGGAAAAAAUCAAACUUGUCAAGAAGAACAUAAACUGGGAGGAGGUUAUAGAGGAAGGGAAAAAACAAAACAAGAAUAUUUUUCCGUUUUCAUUAGACAUUAAUAAAGUAGCAAAAAUAUUGAUUCUCUACUUACAGGAAUAUGUGUACGAAAGUGACAUAGGGGAUUCGCACGUCUUCGUUAGGGAGAUAUGUCUGGGUCUAACCGCCUUUCUAUUAACGUCAUACCCGCUGUACUUUUUCAAGAGGAGUGGAAAAAUCGUUCAGAGUAAGAACAGGGGGAGGCAAAAAGAAUCUAACGAAGGAGCUAAGGUAGGCGUGGAACCGGAGCAAACGGGUGUGAACAAUGAGGUAACCCCAUCUGUAGGAACAAAGGGGGAGAACCACACGGAGGAGGGACCCACCCCGAAUUAUUUCUACGAGCGGUUCGACUCGGAUGACAGUGGCGAAGACCAAAGCAGCAAUGAGGAGGAACCCCAAAAGGAAAUGCAUAAAAGGGAGGCCAACUCCCACGCAGAGGAUGGGGAGUACCAAGUUGUCCUUAUGUACGUUCUCUUUGAGGUUAAAAGAAAACAUAUAAAUAUACUAACCCAGUUGAUGCUAAAAUUAUUGUGUGAAAAAAAUAUCAGAACAAAUAAAAUGUGUUUAUUCCUUUUAAAUUACUUGUACAAUUAUGCCACUUUCAAUUCCUGUGGAGAGAUGGAGACAUUCGAAUUCUCCAACGUUUUCAACAAAUAUUGUCAUGACUUUCCGUACGAACUUUAUCUUAAAAAGAAAAUGGAUGAUAAUGUUAGAAAAAGUAAACGUAAUAUUUAUCAAUACUUGAGGACAUCCUCGACAAAUAUUUACAACGUCUUUGAUAAUAUAACUCUCCAUUUGUGUGAUUAUUACAAGCCGAUAUAUUUGAAGGGUCAUGGAGGAGGAGCGUCGAGUGUAAGUUAUGACAAUCGUUCGAAUGAAAAGAGGAUAAGAUACCCCCCCGGGAGUAGCAUGAACAAUUCCUGCACUUGCACAUAUGAAGAAGAAAUCACCACUAUGUUCCUGAACCGCCCGUACAAGUACAAACUCAUCAAGACUGUUUUUAAUAAAAUUAAUAAUUUCAUUUAUUUGUACAACUACGCUUUGAAGUAUACUAGCUUUUCUAUUUUCCACAAGAACAAAUUCUCUUCUACAAGAAAGGGAAGCAUGCGCGGGCAGGCCUACUCAGGCGACACCAGCGGAUGCAACCCCAUUGGAAGCGCCACUCCAAGUGCUAGUUCCUCCAGAGGAAAUCUCCAAUUCGACGAUGUUCUUAUCAACAACGACUUCGUAGACGACAUAAACUUAAGCGAAAGUGAAGAAAAGGUAUCCAUCGAGGAGGAAAAUUUAAUAAAAGAUGUCCAUUUCUUGCUAGAUAAAACGAAAAAAAAUAUCAGCGUAAUUAAGUGUUUGGAGUAUAGCGAAACAUAUCUGUACAAUCACAUUUUUUAUCUCCUUUUCUUAAAUAAAUAUAAUUACUAUCUGAUUAGCGGUCUUUUUAACACCCUGUGUUAUUACACCUCUCAUACCGAGUAUAGCAAUUAUGCGUACACGAAUUUGAUGAAGAGGGGAAGGGAGAAAUCUGUUGAAUUUUUAUUUUUUGAUUUCCUCGUCCGGUACAAAUAUGUAUACACCUUUGGAUACAUCCGGGACGACGUUCUGUUUCUGUACAUUAGGUACUACAAGAAGUUUUAUAUGGGCUGCGACUAUGCAGAAGUCGGUGAGAUCAUGCGUGCAUUUAAUGAGGGGAGAGCUGGACGCAGGAGGCACAACGGGGUUGGUGACUACACGUUUAACAAUAAAAAUCACGACAUGGAUAUGGAUAAGUAUAAAGAUGGUGAUACGAGAGUAGAUUCCUCCGAAGGAACCAUCAAUAACAACAGUGGGAAGGCCACACGGGAACCCCCACUUACCCUGCACAACAUGAACUUAGGAGAUAUAAUUUCACUGGAAAAAAGAGAAGACCAGCUUGAAUUUUUAAAAAAAAUAUUUUAUGACUAUAACAUAUUCUUCGACAGAAAUGUAAUUUUUUUGACUGACGAAGAAUGCGGCGGUGAGGGGGGCACGAAAUGCAUAUUAAAAGAGGAGAGGAAAGAAAAAAAAAAAAAAAAGAGACAGGCAAAUAAACAAAUAAAAAAAGAAUAUCAAGACAAAAUUGAAUUAUUAGAAUAUGUCAAUAUUUGCUUAAUUAAAAUUUUAUACUACUUGAAUAAUUUCAACUUAAUACAACUGGAAACAUUUUUAAAAAGUGUUAAUUUUUUUGUGAAGUUUUCCCUGAUGAAUAAUUUUUCGGCCUUUUGUUUUUUAAACUUCUUCCUUUCCACCUUCGAAAAAUACGGAACCUUUGCUCUCGUUCGAACCAUUUCGGAGUUGACAAUUAAUAUUUUCAUGUGUCCAACUUUGCACUUAAAUGUUAAGCGGUUGGCCUUCUUCCUGGUCCUACACAUGCUCCUGCAUAGGUACCCCAAGAUACGGGAAUUCACCAACGAGUACCUCUACGCCAACGUUAAUUUUAUUUCCUCAGACGAGGUAGGCAAUUACCUAUUUAGUAGCUACGAAGAUUUAGAAGAAAUAAUAUCCAUUCUGAUAAGCACGCAAUUUUGUGAAGCGCUUAAGGAUGGUAAACUUGCAACUCCAAUAAGGGAAGCAGUUAGGCGAAUUUCCCUCCUCGUUAGGAUUCCCCUAAUUAUAUGA